UUUUAUUAUUAAAGGCUAAACUGAUAACGAAAACACUUAACACCUUCCAGCAGCGAAUUUCAAUUGCAAAAUGUCCGUCCAGGAUGAACAGGGAAAUUCGCAUCGUUUGGCCAAAGACAUUGGCUCUCUCUACUAUUCCGAUCUGCUACCUUUGGCUGGGGAUAGCGAACCGGAGACGAGGGAAUUCCUCAACCGGAUGACGGAGAUCUUGAUGGAUUUCCUGCACAAGACGUUCGAUCGUUCCAGCAAAAUCCUCGAUUUUCACCAUCCCGAGCAACUGUUGGAGAUCAUCGACUUGUCGUUGCCCAAUCAGCCGAAAAACAUCGACCAGCUGCUGGCCGAUUGUCGUGACACUCUCACCUACCAAGUGAAAACAGGUCAUCCUCGUUUCUUCAACCAGCUGUCCAAUGGAGUUGAUGUCAUUUCAAUGGCGGGCGAGUGGUUGACUGCGACAGCCAACACCAAUAUGUUCACCUACGAGAUUUCACCCGUUUUUAUCCUCAUGGAGCACAUGACUCUCAAGAAGAUGAGAGAAAUUAUUGGCUACAAGGGAGGAGAUUCCAUCCUUGCCCCUGGUGGAACUGUAUCUAACUUGUACGCCGUCCUGGCUGCCCGUUACCGUAAAUAUCCACGUGUCAAAAGCGAAGGAUUGCAAUCCUUGCCCGGUCCCCUCGUCAUGUUCACUUCUGAACACAGCCACUUUUCGAUGAUGAGUGCGGCCGCUGCUUCCGGACUGGGCACAGAUAAUUGCAUUAGCGUCCCAUGCAAUGAAAAGGGUCAAAUGAUUCCGGCUGAGCUGGAACGUCUAGUCCUCAAGAGCAUCAGCGAUGGUAAGAUCCCGUUCAUGGUGACGGCCACGGCCGGUACCACCGUGUUCGGGGCGUUCGAUCCCAUUAAUCCUAUUGCCGACAUUUGCGACAAGCAUCACCUCUGGUUGCACAUUGAUGCUGCCUGGGGCGGGGGUCUACUCAUGUCUGAGAAAUUCCGCUACAAAUUCGAAGGCAUCCAACGAGCCGAUUCCGUCACCUGGAAUCCGCACAAGAUGAUGAACGUUUUACUUCAAUGCUCAACAGUUCAUUUCAAACAAAAUCAGAGUUUAUUGUAUCACUGCAACAGGAUGUGUGCAGAUUACUUGUUCCAGCAAGACAAACAUUACGACGUCACCUACGAUACUGGUGACAAAGUUAUUCAAUGCGGCCGUCAUAAUGAUAUUUUCAAAUUCUGGUUGCUCUGGAGAGCCAAGGGAACGGAAGGAUUUGCCAAGCAAAUGGAACGAUUCGUACAGCUAACUCAAUAUCUAGUCGAAGGACUUUUGAAGAGACCCGAACGCUUCCAGUUGAUUGUUGCCGAGCCGGAAUGCACCAACGUUUGCUUCUGGUACGUGCCGACUCGCUUCCGCACUAUGGCUCCCGGUCCAGAACGUGAUCGUCUCCUUGGACAGAUUACACCAAUUCUCAAGGGAAGAAUGAUGUCAACAGGCACUCUCAUGGUAGGAUACCAACCACAAGGCAAGCUGCCUAAUUUCUUCAGAUGCAUCAUAUCAAACCAAGCUGUCACUGAGGAGGAUGUGGACUUCUUGGUGGACGAAAUGGAUCGUCUGGGUCAUGACCUUUAAAAAACAACAUCUUUUCAUUACCACAAGUAGCUGCACGGUCUUAAAUGUUUGAUGUGGUCAUUACUGCACACACUACUUGCAUGCAUUCUCCACGUUACUUACUGUCUAUGUUAACACAGCUGUUUUUCUUGUCAGGCAUUGCUCUAUUUGAUUAUCUCUUAGUAAUCUUGCACUGCACCUCCAAUUCACAAUUUAGCACUCACACACAACUCUGCACCUGCACUGCACAUUUCCUGUGAGAGAUUAUCUCAUCUCUCUGCCAUUUCCACUCCUUGUUACUGUCCAGCACAAGCACUCGUGCAAAGGUCAAGGUGUUCCGAAACUAGUCGUUCCAUCUGACCUUGCCAUCACGUAUAAUAGGAUAAUCUAUAUGUAUAUAUGUGUUGCGUGUCUUGCUAGAAUUCCUUCUCCGUUGGUACUCUGGGAUCCCUUUCAUUCGAGAAAGUGGAUUUGACCUCGUUCUCGUCACGUUUCAUGGUCACAGUUAAAUUUAAGGCACAGUCGAUGCAUAAAACAAAAAUUUAACUUACUACAUACGGAGGUCGAUUAUUUCCUAUUUUUAUUUGUUACUUACUUGUUUUCAGUUGCAAAACCACGUUUUCGUUCAGAGUUCAUUCAAAGAUGAUUAUUGCCAUUGCAUACCAGUAGUGGCGCUAACUACUUGUUGUACAAUUCCUAAUUUAAUUUUGUUUUUAUAUUAAUCAUUAUGAUGUUAUCUACUCGUAUAGGCUGUUAGGUUUUGUUAAAAAUUACACAUCAUAAUAACCAAGAAAGUGCACAACAUAUCACACAACAAUUGCACUAGUUGAAUUGUCUGAAGUUCUCGGUUUUUCUCGCUCAGCUGUGUUCGCCAUGUAUUUUGCGUUCUUUUGUGUUUCUUUUACCUGCCGUGUGAUUUAUUGUAUCGUCGGGAAUGUUGACAACGAGACUCGUGCGUCGAUCGUCUUACGUAGCACGUGGACAGCAAAACCAAAGUCUUCCAAAACUGCAGUAUAUUUCACUCCCAUAUCAGCAUCCAGAUAUGUGGUUUGUUCUACUGUUUUCAUUGACGUUUUGUCCUGUCUCUCUGUGUCUAUUUUUUUUUAUCUUGCUAGCUAGUAAUAAUAUACUCUGCGUUGUAUACGUGAACUUUACUAUAUAAUCCCAAUUAUAUAUUCCCCAGCAUCAACCCAAUACGUAUUUUCUGUGCCAAUCCGGCCCGUCGUUGGCGUGUUAAUUUUUUGUUUCAUUGUAAUUUUACUGUCGUUAACACAUCGCCGUAACGUGUGAGCAGCAAUAAGACUUCUAAAAAGGCCGUUCCAUAGAAGAGAUUAGAACUAUAUACAAACGACUAAAUAUACUCAACAGGAAGCAA